AUGUUUUGGGGAAGCAAGAGGAAGAAGACUUCAACAAAUAUAGGGUCUCUUCCCGAAGAUUUGGUGUUCGAGAUUCUUCUACGUCUCCCGGCCGAAGAUAUUUACAAGACGGCAAUUCUUGUUUGCAAGAAAUGGCACAAUGCGAUCCAUAGCUGUAACUUCGUACACAAACACCUUCAGCAUUCAGCUCCUGUACUUCUCGCGCAGUUAAUUGACCACGGUGACGAUCGCGAUUACGGUUUUCACCAGUUAAAUAUUAAACGAUUUCUGCCAAUGGGACGAGGCUCGGUUGAGGAAUCGGAAUUCAGUUACGAUACCAUGGGAAGAGUUUUAGGUAGUUGUAAUGGUUUGAUACUGGAGUGUUUGGAAACCGAGGACCGUUACAAUCUUUCUAUUGUGAAUCCCGUAAGAUUUGAAAGCUUUGAUCUCCCUUCGAUUUCUCCUGAAUUCGACAUUGCUUAUGAUCCCAUGAUAGCGUACGCCGAGGCUUCGAAUAAGUAUAAAGUGGUCGUCAUGGGUUUUUGGAAGUUCGAGCCUACAGGAAUAGAGAGCUGUGUUAUGCUAACUGUGGGAGUCGAUAAGUCGUGGAGGCGUGUCGAUACCAAACACUUGGAUAUCGAUCGUUGUUUGAGUACUCAACGUUUUAUUCACUGGACUCGCAGCGAAGGCACUUGCAUUGCGAAUCUGAACGUAGAGACUGAAAUUGUUACGGAGACUCGUAUCCCUCAGGGUUAUGAAAAGAGAUUCAAGUAUUAUUUGUCAAUGGGGAGUUGUCUGACGUUGCUCGUUGAGUGCGUUGAGUUUUCGUGGGAGGUUUUGAAGAUGAAACCAGAAACGGGAGAAUGGACUAGGAUGCUCAAGAUUGACUUGGAACCUCUAAAGGGUAAAUUCGUAAAUUUGGUAUGGAAAUGCGUCUCACCAAUUGGUUGGUUGAACGAGAAAAUGUUGGCCUUGCGGAUUUUUUCACCUCCGGUUUGCGUUCUCUACAAUGUGCGUACACAAGAAAUCGAAUCCCUUGAGUUGGAACGUCCUUCGGAUGAUUAUUUCUUUAAUGUUCAUAGGGACAGCUUGAUAUGGUAA